AUGCCUUCACCAUCCAAGAUCGCCGCGCUUGGCCUUGUGGCUACGGGCUCUUUUGUAGCCGCUGGACCUUGCGAUAUCUACGCCUCUGGUAACACGCCUUGCAUCGCCGCUCACAGCACCACUCGCGCGCUUUACAAUGCCUUCAGCGGUUCCCUCUAUCAGGUCAAGCGCGGAUCCGAUGGCGCUACCACCAACGUCGCACCUCUAUCCGCCGGUGGUGUAGCCAAUGCUGCAACUCAAGACAAAUUCUGCGCCAACACCACAUGUCUUAUCACCAUUAUCUACGAUCAAUCUGGUCGUGGUAACCACCUCACUCAGGCGCCUCCAGGAGGCUUCAAUGGCCCGGAAGCUAAUGGCUAUGACAACCUGGCCGGAGCCAUCGGCGCACCCGUCACCCUGAAUGGGAAAAAGGCAUAUGGUGUCUUUGUCUCACCGGGUACUGGAUACCGCAACAACAAAGUCAGCGGUUCAGCGACGGGCGAUGCAGCAGAGGGGAUGUACGCCGUGCUCGAUGGAACGCAUUUCAACGACGCAUGCUGUUUCGACUACGGCAACGCCGAGACCAACAAUCUCGACACCGGAAACGGCCACAUGGAGGCUAUCUACUUCGGGACCAACACGAUCUGGGGCAGCGGCGCCGGCUCCGGCCCCUGGCUAAUGGCGGAUCUGGAAAACGGUCUCUUCUCCGGCAUGUCACCGAAGAACAACCCAGCGGACCCCACCCUCACAGACCGCUUCCUCACCACCGUCUUGAAGGGCGGCCCAAACAAGUGGGCUCUCCGCGGCGGCAACGCUGCAUCCGGCUCGCUAUCAACGUACUACAACGGCGCGCGACCCAGCGCCUCAGGCUACAAUCCCAUGAGCAAAGAGGGCGCGAUUAUCCUGGGUAUCGGCGGCGAUAACAGUAAUGGAGCGCAAGGAACGUUUUACGAGGGCGUUAUGACGACUGGGUAUCCGAGUGAUGCGACGGAGAACGCGGUGCAAGCCAAUAUCGUUGCGGCGAAAUACGCGACUACGAGCCUGACCAGCGGACCCGCUUACACAGUCGGAUCAUCAAUCUCAUUCCGCGCCACGACUGCUGGAUACACGGAUCGCUACCUCGCUCACACCGGCUCAACCGUAAACACGCAAGUCGUAUCUUCCUCCAGCACCGCACUGCUUAAGCGACAGGCUAGCUGGACCGUACGCGCCGGGCUGGCGAACAGUGCUUGUUUCUCUUUCGAAUCUAAGGACACGGCUGGGAGUUACAUUCGCCAUUUCAACUUCGUGUUGCAGCUGCAGGCGAACGAUGGAUCGAAGGCGUUCAAGGAGGACGCGACGUUCUGUCCUCAGUCAGGUUUCUCGGGAUCGGGAAGUUCAAUAAGGGCGUGGAGAUACCCGACGAGGUAUAUUCGUCACUACAACAAUGUUGGGAAUAUUGCUAGUAACGGCGGUGUUCAUGAGUUUGAUGCCGCGGCGAGCUUCAAUGCGGAUGCGACGUGGAGUGUUGGUACGGGGUUGGCUUAG